AAAAAAAAAAAAAAAAAAAAAAAAAAAAAAAAAAAAAUUUCAAAUAACCCAAAACAAGUUAUCGUUUUCAAACUAAUCAAAUGAUCAAAUUAAGUUUCAUAAAAUGAUAAUUAUACUUUUGUUCAGAUAUAUAAAAAUAAAUAAAUAUUUUAAAAAUAUUCUAAAAUUUUCUUUCAUAAAACCGUUUUUUUCAAAGUAAUUUUUCAAUUUUUGCUUCUAAAAAAAGAUAAUUGAAAAAAGUUAGUAAGACAUUCUUGAAUGUGUAUGAUAUCUAUCUUAAUUUGAGUUUAUAAAGAUAUUCCAUAAUAAGUAUAAUAUCUUUAUAUAAUUUAGAAAAUAUUCAGAAACAUGAUUUCAAAAAUACAUUCUUAAUUUGUAUUUAUGAUCACCAUCAUAAAUAUAUAUUUAUGAAAUCUUUACUAAACUAGAAUUAUAUGUAUAUUAACAAAUAUAUUCCAAGAAAUAUAUAUAGCAUCUUCCUAAAGUUUACUGUAGAAAUUAUUGAAUUUGAUACCUAAAUUUUAUAAAAUAUGCUACAAAUUUUGAAAAUAUCUUUGUAAAUUUUGAAUAAUAUCUUUAUAAAUAUGCAGAUAAGUUAAAUUCAUGAAAAUGCUAUAUACAUUUAGAAAGAACUUUAAUAUACAUACAAGUUUAUAUUUUAACGUUUAUGAAGACAUUCAUUAAUUUAGAUUUUUUUUUUACAAAUUCACGAAGACAUAGUACACGUUUAUGAAGAUUAUUAUUUUUGUAAAGAAAAAUCGUAUUUAAAAGAAAAAAAAUUGAUGAAAACAAAAUUUCAAUGAUAUUAUGUGCAAAAUUUUAAUAUAUAUUAAAUAAAUAGUUUCUCUUAAUUAAAACGAUAAAUGAAAAUAUAAUUAUUAAUCACAUUUUUAUGGUUGACAAAACAAAGUUACCAUGUUUAAGAAAUCUAAUUUGGUUACUUUGACUUCUAAUUUGGUUAUUUUGACUUCAUAAAUAAAAAAAGCAAACAAAAGUGUAAUUUGACCUUCGUUUCUCUCCCUCGCUCCUCAGUGAAAGCUUUUUGAUUAAGCUUCCUUCGUCUCCUCCACUGCGUGAUCUGUGACUGACUCCCUGAGGAAUCUCCUCUUAAGCAAGACGUUCGUUUGUUCAGUUUAGCAACUCAAACUCACACCAUGGUCUCCAGCAGAGUAUCAGAUUCGCCUGCUCCCAAGGCCCAUAACGGCAACGUAUCAUCCUCAGCUUCUGUACAGGAGCUUAAUGAUGAAAAGUUCUCUUCUGAAGAAGUAGGCUAUAUUCCGAGUGCCCCUCCAAUUUCCUGGGCAGUAGAGGAAUCUGGAGAAACUAAACCAGCAAGUAUUCAAGUGUCAGAAGCUUCUGAUACCAUUAGCGCUCGUGGCACAUCGCAUGCAGUGGUUUCCUACGAUGCAUGUGUGCGACUUUGCCUUCAUGCGAGGGAAAAGGGUUGCAUGGAGGCUCGCAUGUUUCUGGAAAACGAAUGUGCUCUUCUACGAGAAGCAUUCGGGGUGAAGGAACACCUUUCGCUAUCGGAGGAGGAAAUGCUGGUGAGUCAAUCUUCACAAGCUCCGCACGAGGGAGUUGCACCAAAACCCAAGAAAAACAUUGGCAAAAUGAUAGUUCAAAUAUGGCAUGUUAAAACAGAUUUGGAUGCAGCUCCAACGGGUAAUGGUAUAUUAUAUGUAGAGCCAUCGCUGAAAAAGAUUGAGAAACUGCGGGUUCACUUUUCCAAUAUCGCAACACGUAUAUCUUCUAAAUGGCGGGCUCUAAAGAAGAUCAAUCUUCGUGCAAAAGAGAAACACUUGUGUAGGUUAAGAUUGAAAAGCUCAACUGUAGAUGACGCUGCCGUUAUCAUGAAAUCCGGAUCCGAUGAAGAAGGCCAUGUUUUCUUUCCUGAUAGUCAUGAAGAUGAUCUGAUAGUUGAAAUAUUUGAAUCAAACGGGAAGGAAUUUGGGCGUGCGCUUGUCCCGCUAGCUAAAGCUACUGAAGUUUCCGCUUAUUCACUUUCCUGGGAGUCUGUAUUUCGUGAGCCGGGACAUCAACUUGUGGGAAAAAUCCAGAUCCAUUUUGACUAUUCAGCAAGUUCUGAUGAUAAUAGCCAUUUGAAGGGUUGUUCCGUUGCGGAAACAGUCGCAUAUGACCUAGUCCUGGAAAAGGCCUUGAAAAUGCAGUGUUUUCAGCAAAGAAAAUUGUUGUUACAUGGUUCAUGGAAAUGGCUUUUGGAAGAAUUUGCCUCCUACUAUGGGAUUUCAGAUGUCUACACCAAGCUCACGUAUACCGCACUUUCUUUCUUUUUAAUCAUUGGAGGAUAUGCUAUAACUCGGUUUUCUCUGUCGUGUUUUGUUGCAUUAAGAUACUUGACCUAUGUGAUGGAUGUCGCUACACCAACUUCAGACUGUCUCCAUUUGGUGCAUGACUUGCUAGCACCUGUUAUCAUGAAAGUAAAUGGCAAGGCUACCUUGAGUCAUCAAGAGAAUUGGAUCCUAAAUGAAAUCAAGAACCAAACCGAGCAGAUUCUGAAGCUGGUCUUUGAGAACUACAAAUCUCUUGAUGAGUCUUCUUUCUCUGGAAUGAAUGAUGUAGUCAGUUCUGCAACAGGAGUUCCAGCGCCCGCACUCGCUCCUGCUGUUAAAGUGUACAUGCUUCUGCAUGAUAUAUUAUCUCCGAAGGAUCAGAGUAAUCUUUGUCAUUACUUCCAGGUAGGAGCAAAGAAGAGAUCUAGAAUGCAUAUGGGUGAGACAGAUGAGUUUGUUACAAACAACAAUGAUCCCAAUUUUUGGGAUCCUUCUUCAAUGUCGUCUGCUUACAAGAAAAUGACUAUGGUCUGCAAGAAUGUAAAGAAUGAGAUUUAUACUGAUAUUGAGAUCCACAAUCAAUAUAUACUUCCCAGCUUUAUUGACCUUCCAAACUUGUCAGCAUCCAUAUAUAGCACUGAUCUCCGAAACAGACUUCGAACAUUCCUUGCUGCAUUUCCACCGUCUGGUCCUUCACCAGCAGUUGCAGAGCUUGUUAUUGCAACUGUAGAAUUUCAACGUGAUCUUUCCAGCUGGAACAUUGGUCCUAUCCAAGCUGGUGUUGAUGCAAAAGAAUUGUUCCACCAGUAUAUUAUGAUUUGGAUUCAAGAUAGACGCCUUUCCUUACUUGAGUCAUGCAAACUUGAUAAGGUACAAUGGGGCGGAGUCCGGACACAGCAUUCAACAACUCCAUUUGUUGAUGAAAUGUACACCAGGCUGAACGAAACCAUUCAAGACUAUCAAGUUAUCAUUUCUAGAUGGCCCAAAUAUAUCUUUGUCCUGGAGAGUGCCAUUGCUGAUGUUGAAAAAGCAAUUGUGGAAGCUCUGGAGAAGCAGUAUGCAAAUGUCUUAUCACCUCUAAUAGAAAUCUUGCCUCCAAAAAAGCCAUAUGUAGUUCCGGAUGAGCUGGGAUUUUUAUUAAACACUAUGAAGAGAAUGCUUGAUGUUCUAGGGUCUAAUAUAGAGGAUCAAUUCAAAGCAUGGUCUUCAUCAUGCAUUCCUGAGGGUGGGAACGUAGCUCAUGGGGAUCGUCUUUCUGAGGUGACGGUGAUGCUCAGAGCCAAGUUUCGAAGUUACCUUCAAGCUGUUGUCGAAAAACUCGCACAAAAUGCGACAACGUUGAAGAAGAUUCUUCAGGACUCUAAGGGCAGUGGUCUCCACUGCGCCUUCUCUAAAGAAAGUGUUGGAGAAUCAGACAUGCAUAACUUGAAGGAGCAGCUCACCAACACACUGAAUAAUCUACAUUCGGUUUGUGCGACGCAUGUAUUCAUCGCAUUGUCUCGAGGAUACUGGGAUCGUAUGGGAGAGAUUGUUCUAAGCUUUUUGGAGAACAAGACAGAGAACAGCAGAGCUUGGUAUAAGGGUCCUAGAGUUGUUGUCUCAAUGUUAGACGAUACAUUUGCAGCAGAGAUGCAAAAGCUACUAGGAGAUUCGUUGAGAGAGCAAGACCUGGAGCCUCCGAGAUCGGUUGUGGAGCUUCGCUGGAUUCUUUGCAAGGAAAACGCCUAAAAUGCUCAAGAUUGCUUUAUAGCUCGAAACUGUAAGGGAUCAGAUCUCAUUUCCUUUUAGCACUAGCAUGUCAGUGUAUUACAAGAAGUGAAAUACAAAAACUCUCUUUACAAAAUUGACUAAAUUCAUGGAGAAUAAGUCUGAUUUAAUAUCUGGCGAACAAGUCCCUGCGUUGGGGACCUAAACAACACCAAACUAUGUGUGAUGUGAAGAAGAUUGAGAUCAAACAAAUGGUGACGGCUUCAGAAACAAGCAUAUAUUGAAUUGAGAUCAAACUAAUCUUUAACAUUGAAUGUUUGAGGAUAACAUCACAGAGAAGAAGAGGCCACAAACAAAUAGCAUAUGUACAGAUAAAUCA